UCUAUUCUAUUCUAUGCCUCUCGUUUGCAUCCACUUUCUGUGUCUCUGGUUUAUAUUUAUGGAGCCCAUUGAAAUCCCUUGUGUAUUGAUGCCUUUCCGCCAUCGCUGUUGGUUUUCUCUUAGACGUGUUCUUGGUGCCACGCCAGGUAGAACCAACCACCAAACUAUUUCAAUUCCCCUUUCAUUUCAUCUCACGGAUUGACGGGCUUUUCUUCUUCUUCUUCUUCUUCUUCAAUUUUCGUUGUGCCCUAGAAAGAGAGCAGAAGAUAAAUUUGAAACCGCUUUUGCGUACUGUUCUUGUUUGAUCGAUCCGUGGUUCUAUCGCUUUUCGAACCCACGGGUAUUGCUCUGUUCCUUUUGGAUCAUCGUUUUCAUUUGGUAUCAUUCGGUAGCUGACCGACCUGAUCGAAUAGCGUAGUUUCUGAUUUGCUGGGAAAGACGGCUGGUGGGAGCUUUUAGAAAGAAGGGUGUUGUGAUCUUUUCUGAAUGUGGAGUUAAGAGGGUGGAGCUGAUGAAAUGAGGGAUGUUAUCCAGCUUGAUGAACCUUCUGAGGGCUUGCUGGUUGCCAUCCUCGGACAAUAUCGUACACAGCAAUUCGGAUUCGGCAGGCCGUCGUGAAGGCCUACUAUGGUACAAAGAUCUUGGACAUCACAUGAAUGGUGAAUUUUCAAUGGCUGUUGUCCAGGCUAAUAACUUGCUUGAGGAUCAGAGCCAGAUCGAAUCGGGUCCAUUGAGCUUGCUCGAAUCCGGGCCGUUUGGAACGUUUAUUGGUGUCUAUGAUGGUCAUGGUGGACCUGAAGCAUCAAAUUACAUAUAUGACAAUCUUUUCCAGCAUUUGAAAAGUAAGAACUCUAAACCAAAUGAUGUUUUUGAGUAUCUGCUGAACAUUUCAUUUCAAAAUGCAGGGUUCACCACAGAACAACAAUCAAUGUCAUCUGAUGUGAUAAAGAAAGCAUUUCAAGCUACAGAGGAAGGGUUUAUUUCGUUAGUGGCUAAACAAUGGCAGAUGAAUCCCCAAAUUGCAGCUGUUGGUUCAUGCUGUCUGGUUGGUGUGAUCUGUGGUGGCACCCUUUACAUAGCCAAUCUUGGAGAUUCCCGUGCCGUGCUGGGAAGGCUCGUGCAGGCGACCGAGGAGGUCGUUGCUGUUCAGCUAUCAGCCGAGCAUAAUGUGAGCAUAGAAGCUGUCAGAAGGGAGAUGCAGGCUUUGCACCCAGAUGACUCGCAUAUAGUAGUUUUGAAGCAUAAUGUAUGGCGUGUAAAAGGCUUAAUGCAGGUUUCCAGAUCUAUAGGCGAUGCCUAUCUAAAGAAGGCUGAAUUCAACAGGGAGCCCUUGUAUACGAAGUUUAGGCUUCGCGAACCAUUCAAUCGGCCAAUAUUGAGCUGUGAACCAUCAAUAUCGAUGCAUGAACUUCGACCACAAGAUCAAUUCAUCAUAUUUGCCUCUGAUGGUCUGUGGGAGCACCUUAGCAAUCAGCAGGCUGUGGAUAUUAUUCGAACUCACCCACAUCAUGGAAGUGCUAAGAGAUUGGUAAAAGCUGCUAUGCAGGAUGCAGCUAAGAAGCGAGAAAUGCGAUAUUCAGAUUUGAAGGACAUCGACCGAGGUAUCCGCCGUCAUUUUCACGAUGACAUCACAGUCAUAGUUGUAUUUCUCGACUCGAAUCUCGUGAGCAGAGCAAGCUCGGUCCGAGGCCCGACUACAUCUUUGAGAGGGAGGGGCGUUAUCUUACCAAAAAAGUCUCUAGCUCUUUGUGCUCCACCUGCAUAACUUUACACAAUCUGAUGAAGCUGAUAGACUCUUCUUGUAGAUGUUAUGUACGUACCUAGUUUUUUAAUGCAUAGUUUAACAUUUAACACGGCAAGUACUCUAUGUAGUUUCCAACAGUUUGAGCAGAAGUAAAUGAAAGAACCAGGAAAAUAGGAGCUUAAUCUGAACAGAAGUACUCUAUUUUGUUCA